AUGAACGUCUCAUAUUCCCUCGUCGAUGUGGAGGAGGAGCGAGUCAGCCCAGGUGUGAAGCUGAGAAGCACUCCACGGCAGUCCAGAGAGACUCUCUCUACAAAAGACAAGGAUGGAGAAAAAUUAGACCUCAUCACAGACCACCUUCCAGAGGACGUCUCGAGCCUAAUCCCCCCCAUGCAAUUCCCCAACUUUGAGAAGAACAAGCAACCGGCUCACCACAAGUCAUCAAAACAAGUGCUGGAACUGCUUACGGUCACCCCUAAAUCCAGAAAGACUUUGAAAACCGGACCACAACUGCAUCGCACUAACAACGUACCCCCUUCUCCUUCCUCCCCCUCGGAAAACAGGAUGAAGCUGCCUCGGACUUUGGAGGCUCGCCGGGAGCUGAUGAAAAACAUGUGUGCCAAAUACAAAAGCCACACUUCUAGAACUAUCACUCGAGAGCAUGUGCGCAUGAUCUACGUGGAGGAUAGGUACAAGAUACUCUACUGCGAGGUUCCCAAAGCCGGCUGCUCAAACUGGAAGAGGACAUUGAUGGUUCUUGCCGGCCUGGCUUCCGACACACACUCGAUUUCGCACGACACGGUCCACUAUAAGAAUCACCUGAAGAAGCUGGACAGUUUUGACUACAAAGGCAUCAUGCACCGCCUCCAAAGCUACACUAAAGUUGUCUUUGCACGAGAACCUAUGGAAAGGCUGGUUUCUGCUUACAGGGACAAGUUUGAGAAUCCAAACAAACACUACCACAGUAUAUACGGAAGACCGAUCAUUACUAAAUACAGGACUCACCCUUCUGCAGAGGCCCUAAACACAGGGGAUGGCGUAUCGUUUGCGGAAUUUGUUCAGUAUUUAUUGGACGUGCAUCGACCGGUUGGAAUGGACAUCCACUGGAACCUGGUGGAGAACCUCUGCCACCCCUGUCUCAUAGAUUACAACUUUAUAGAAAAUGUCAUCAGCCAGCAGCUCCAGUCGCCAUCAGGCAGUGUGCUGCACAGAACUCUCCUCUCGCCCUGGGCACUGGCCACUUGA